GUACUGGCUGACCGGGUCUUAGCUGUUUUAUUUCACAGAUUACAGAUCAGUUCGCCGUGGAGUGCGGCAGUGUGUAGGUGUGGUGUGUGUAAUUGGUGGUAGGCCGCACGGCCAAAUAAUGGCGGAACGGACAAAAGUGACGGCUCCAGCGAGCCGGCCAGUGCCAAUGAAGCUCUUUGCUACCUGGGAAGUUGAUCGCACACCACCGAAUUGCAUACCCAGAUUGUGCACAUUGACCCUUACUCGGCUUGUGAUUCUCCGGCCUUUGGGCGCAGAUCUGGCUUCCAUCAGCAUCGCAGUUAAGAUGCAAAGCUCCAAAAGGACAUUACGUUCCAACGAAAUGGUUAUUCCAUCGGGCGGAAUUCUCGACACUGAACUGGAACUGCAGUUUGCCCUUCAAUACCCGCACUUUCUCAAACGCGAAGGCAAUAAAUUGCUGAUACUCCUGCAGAGAAGAAAGAGAUACAAGAACCGUACAAUGCUAGGGUACAAAACAUUAGCAGAGGGUGUAAUAAAUAUGGCUCAAGUCCUGCAGAAGCAAAUGGAUCUUGAGUUAGAGCUAGUGUCAGAUAAAGCGGAAAAAUAUGGCGGGCAUUCAGUGGUAUUGGCUAAAGUAAAUGUUAUUGCAUUGAGCUCACAGCCGGUUGAUCAGGACAAAAGACUGCUCAACGAUCCAAACGAGCGACUUGGUCCAGAAUACAGCGACGAGGAAGAAGAAUUCAGCUCUGAAGGCGAAGCUGAGGGCAGUGACAGUGAGCCUACUUUAGAAGUCCACAGGCGGAAAAAUAGAAAUAAAAUUCCUCCGAAUGCUCGACAAAGAAACUUGAAGCAAAAGUUUAUUGCUCUACUCAAGCGGUUCCGAGUUUCAGAAGAGCUGGAACACGACCAGGAAGAGAUUGGACAAAAGUUAUCGGGCGGUGACAUGGAAAUUGAAGAACUCUUUGAUGAGUUAGAGGACUUGUCGGAUAGCGGGCCUGAGUUGGAUACGAUGUCUGUUAGCAGUACUCCAAAGCCAUCACUGAGGCCGUUCUUCAGCUCUAGUCGUUCACUUUUAGCACCACCUCACCCCGUAGUUACCAAAGAGGAGAGUGCCACUAAUACCACAACAGCAACAACAGCGGCAGCAAAUGUAUGCCAGUCAUCAUCAGGCUCAACUGUCAAAGAGAAAACACGUGUGGGACAUACAACCCCAGUCUCUAUUUUUCUACUCACAUAUAUACAAAGAGGCGGCGACAGACAAAGCGACGAUAGCUCAAGAAGAGCUGACAGCGAUUCGCAUCCUGAAAAUUGGACCGAUCAUGAAGCUAAUGACGCACCAAGUACUGUAGCCGGAUCGCCUCCUAAAUCCGAGCACCCGCAGUAUCACCAGCACUCGAACAAAAAUGAAAACUCUGACCGCCGAAGCAGGCUCUUUGCCAGAGACCGAGGUACGCCUGGAAGCAAUAAAUCUAAAAAGCAAAGCCUAAGCGUUGAUCUUAAGCCGUCAGUAGAGCUGAAUAAUUCCGAGCCGAGAAAAGCCCUUGUUGAGCAAUUGAGCCGCGUACUGCCCGAUGACUCAUUACCGGAAGCAGUAUCUUUAGUUUCUCUAGCAGAUCCUGGCGGUGCUGUUCUAGCAGCCCGGCUUCAAGAACGCAAUCUACGAGUUCUUACAACUGCCUCGCCAGCGGAUAUCCGCGCAACCUUCACCUGUCUAAUCGCGAGGAUACAAAAAUUUUGUAAUAGUUCAGCAAAACCACCUGCGCCAAUAAAAGUAGUGAUAGCUGGUGGAGAUAGUUUCGUAAACGCCGUUUUAAGGCAUUACGUAGAUUUGUUGAGCUUCAGACCUCCAGACUGGCAAAGUUAUCUGCGUUUUUUGAUAGUACCAUUGGGUUCCAACUCGCUAGCCAAGUACCUUGGGUCUAUCGACAGCAAGUACUCGAUGCUGUUUGGGGAAGAAUGGCGAGAGUUGCUGGAGCGUGAAGCCAGCGGAGCGAGUGAAGGCGCAGCUCGUGUGUCUGAAUACUUAGCAGCAACUGGGCCUACUCUUUUACUACCAAUCGCCGAGGCCAUGGUCACGUACAGGGAGACAGACGACAGCAGUCAAAUAUUCAUUCCAUUUGUAAACGACGUGCGCGUCGGGUGUCCUGACAGCAGCACUUCCGCUUCAGUUGACCUUGAAGAAGGUGCAGCAGUGUCCUCGGGGUCGCCGCCAUCCUUGCCGCCGCCCAGUCUGGCGAUACCACCGCCCGGUAAAUUAACUCCUCCGAGCAGUCCAAAUGUCAGUCAGCCACGUGACGGCUGGGAGCCAGUUGAACUUCAACUUGACUACUGGAGCAAGCCAACAUUGGGUGAUAAAGGCAAGAGCACACUGCGUCAAGCUUUCAGGGCGUUACAUGUCCAGAGAUUACCAACAAUGGGAGAGAAUCCUGGACCGUAUCUUUCUAUGAAUUACACGACUAAAGAGAAGAAACAGAAAAUAAUGAGACUGGGUAAGAAAAAAGAGAAAGAGAAAGAGAACGAGCCCAAGAGCCAGGCAGUGGAUGGCGUGACUCGACUCAUUUGCUCCGCUAAAACUCACAACAUUCCAUGGAGAGUUACUAUUGACGGAACAGAGUGGUACGGCGUUAAAUUCUUCCAACUCUCGGCGCAAUGGCAAACGCAUAUUAAGACGUUCCCGGUAGCAAUGCUUAUAUACAACCCGCUCCAACAAACCGCAAGUCUCACCUGAAUUUCAAAGUCUCCCUAUUAAAUGCUUGAAUUAUUCCUUAAUUUAUUUAGGAUUGAAAUUCGUUAGAAUCGAUUUAGCUGUUCGUCACGCUGAUUAAUUUAAGCCCUUGGGGAUCAGCCCGUGGUACUUUUAAUGAUGAGUUUGUGACGUUUUUUUUUCUUCUUUCCAAUAUCGAGUUUUAUUAACACGUAAUGUGGACUUUGAAGCUCUUAACUAUUACUCGAUAACGAGUUUUCCUAAGACUUCUUUUAUGUUUAUAACUCUAUUUUGUUUUCGUUUUCUUUGUUGUUUUUUUUUUCCAUCGUUAUGAAUUAUAAGUUAGCUAAAAGCUGUUUUUAUAAUACAAUUAUUGAUUUUAUUCAAAUGUUUUCUUCCCAAUAUACUUUUAAAGUAUUAUUUUUUGAUUAAAAAAGUUUUGUUUUUUAUCUUAAGUAUAUAUUUAUAUUAUAAAUUCACAAUUUUCGCGAUAGAAAUUAGAAUUUAAAAAAAUAUCAUUCCUUCAUAAAAUUGAGUAUCUAAAAAAGUAAAUAAUUUUACAAUAGGUACGUCUAAUUUUUAAAGCGAAUAAUAUUUAAUAAAAUAAAAUUAUUUGCUAUAAAUUCUUUCGAGCAACGUAGUGGGUUGCAAUGACUGCCUAAUGCCAAAUUAAUGAA